AAGGAAGUCAUCCUCGCCGCUCUGCUACUGACAAACCUGCUGUGUUCAGGACACGCACUCUGAGAACCGGGGACAGACGGGGGACAUGCCACUGGACGUGGUCCUGAACGGGCCGCCCCCCUGGGGAUUCCGACUCACCGGAGGCAAGGACUUCAACCAGCCCCUCACCGUCUCCAGGAUCACCCCUGGCAGUAGGGCUGCCGUAGCCAACCUGUGUCCCGGUGACCUCAUCCUGGCCAUCGAGGGCAUCAGGGCGGACAACAUGAUGCACUGUGAAGCGCAGAACAAGAUAAAAGACGCCACCCAUCAGCUCUUACUCACCGUCCAGAGGCCUGAAACCAAGCUAUGGUCACCGCAGGUCAGAGUUGACGGUAAAGCCAACCCUUUUAAAAUCAACCUGGAGGCUGAGCAGCAGGAGUUCAAACCCAUCGGUGUGGGACACAACCGGAAGGCCCAGCCCUUUAUAGCGGCGGCUAACAUCGACGACCACCGCCAGGUGGUCAGCACGGCCUACAACACCCCAAUAGGGCUGUACUCGUCAGGAAACAUCCAGGACGCUAUGCACGGACAGAUGAGGGGUCUGGUGCACGAUAAGCCUGAGGGUAGCAGGACGCUGAGCUCCAUUGAGGAGUCCGACGUGUACCGCAUGCUUCUGAAAGACCAGGAGGAACCGCACGAACCGCGACAGUCUGGGUCGUUCAAGGCCCUGCAGGACUUCGUCGACAGCGACGGCACCCGGCCCAUGGUGACAAGGACAGUUAGGGCGCCCACAACUAAGCCCCCGCCGCCCACGGGAAACCUGCAGAAACUGCCCGUGUGUGACAAGUGUGGGAACGGCAUUGUCGGCACGGUUGUGAAGGCGAGGGACAAGUUCCGCCACCCUGGCUGCUUCGUAUGCACUGACUGUGACGUCAACCUUAAACAGAAGGGCUACUUCUUUGUUCAGGGCCAACUGUACUGCGAGACCCACGCUAGAGCUCGGACGAGACCUCCAGAGGGACACAACCUUGUCACCACUUUUCCCUCAGCAUAGGACCCCACACACACACACACACCACCCUAAAAAAAACUCUGCAUCUGCCAUUGUUUGUACCUGUUUGUUACUGUGUUCUGUUUUUGUCUCUAUGCUCUGUUUUGCACAAUUCCAGAGAGUCCAUUUGUUUGUUUAAAACAAUGACAUGUCUACUACUCUCUGCCUUCGAAUAAAGGGGGUUUUGACUGGG